AUGGACAAUUGGCGUGACCAUCAUGCGCGACCUUCGAUGCUUGAGCGAGUAUCGUCUACCCACCAUUCACGCUUCCCUUUAGCCGCCGGAUACUUCCCGACCGUUACGUGUUCAGUCAAUCAGCAUGCAUUUUUCAAAGAACAGGCCAACCGAUUAACCUCCGAGGCCACACAGAAGGCCAAGUGGGCUAUGAGCUACGAGGACGGCAUCAACGGGUGGAAACUUUCUAAUUCGCAGCGGCACUUCCGAGUGACCGGAAUCCGUACAUACAGUAGACGAUGCGACGUUCGCGACUGCAACGGCCACCGACAGCUCGAGUUCCGCUGUAUGGGCAAAGUGCAGCUGCCAAUUGAUCACUGUCUUAACGCGCUCUACUCGGACAAUACAACCGACUUCCGUAGCAACUCGACAUUUCUCAUUGAAGACGCCUUGGAUGCCGUUGUGCUGAAUGCACUAGAGACGAAGACGGAGGAGCAGCCGCACCAUUAUCUUGGUCUCAACUGGAUGGCAAUUCGCUCACCAGGUCUCUUCUCCAAGAACCGAGAUUUCUGCUAUCUCCGAAGUAUGGGUACAACAGUGGAUAGCAGCAAUACAAAGGUUGGGUUCUUAGUCAUCCAGUCCGUCAACUUGACGGAGUGCGCGUCACUGGAAAAUGCGCUUGGCCUCAAUCGUGUUAAAAUCUCGGCCGUGCUGUUAUUUAAGGAGGACGCAGAGUCUCGCUCUACUCAUGUCUUGUGGCAGGGAUCGAUAGGAUCAAGUGGACAUUCGCCUGGCAAACUGGUGAACUUUGUACACGAGACUUUUACGUCUGUUGUCUCCAAUCUAAAGAAGGUUCAGGAAGCCAAGUACAUGGCACAGCAAGUGGAAGGCAAUAAGAUUCAGCGGAUGACCGCCGGUGAACGUAAGCAGUGCCACGUAUGCAACAAGAAAUUUUCUCUUGUACGGACUCGCUUUCAGUGUAGCGCCUGCGGUGAGAAUAUGUGCAAGGAUUGCGAAGUAUCCAGUCGAGCGAAAGUGUUUAAUAGCGAAAGCUUCGACGUACCGGCGCCAACCUGUAGUCGUCCGGAAAUGGUGAUGUUUUGUAGGAAAUGCGUAACGAAUGCUCGUCGCGACAUGAAUAAUGAGUCCGAGGGAGAGAAUUUACGAGCAAACCCGGCGUUCCUCUUCAACAACAAUAACCUAUACCCGGCUUCAGCAGACGAGAGAGAUCGCCGCCUUUUGAAGACUGGUAAAGCGUCUAACCAGAGCAGCACUACAAGUACUAGCUCGUUGCAGAAGGUAGUGACCAGCCCGAGCACAGUACUUGCCGUCCACAACGACAAGCGCUCCGGCCGUACACCUCUCUUCGUUGGGGCAGCGAUUCACAUGUCCAGAGCUGGUGAAGUGCCUAUCAGUCCGCUGUGGGUCCGAACAGAGCGUGAAAAGCGUCGUUCUCGAUCGGGAACAGACCCCAUGGAAUUUUACGACGGCUGUGACAACGACGAGUACGGCGUUCCAUUGGACACGGACGAGUACGACCCGCAGGAGCCAAUGAGGGAGAGCUGCAACAGUGUUAGCAGCUACAAGUAUUCGUCACCAGACCGACGCGGGUCUCACGAAUUUCGCGAUAAUGACAUGGCCAGCAGAUUACUGGAGAUUUCCCAGCGAGCUCAGGAAGCCUUGGACGUGACAAAGCGCAAUUCAUGUAUGAUGAGCAGCGACACGAGCAGUGCACCUCGAGUAUCGGAUUUGUCUGCAUUCAAGGAGCUAGACAAGUCCAUUGCCGAGCAAGCGGAUCUACUGAACGUCAUUGGAUUUGUCAGUACUGGUCGUAUGUAUAUGGAGAAUUAUGGUCCUGAACAGGGAGGUGUACGUGUCAGUGAGUCGUCCAAUGCCAUGACGACGACCAAGUGA